AUGCUGAGGAAGAGGAAUAGGUCCGUGCAGAAGGAACAACACCACAUGAGUAAUCUGACACAGUGUGAAGCCAAUUCAGAGCACUAUUCGCAGACUCAUCAUGGUUUGGGACGCAACAACAUCAAGCGACACUCAAUUUUCAAUGUUCCUUGUCUGUUUGUGGGUCUAGGUCCGAAAGGGUUGUUGGAUUCUGAUUCAGUUAGGAGCCCCACUUCUCCACUUGAUGCUAGAGUUCUUUCAAAUCUAGGCAACCCUGUUAGGAAGCCAAGAUCUUCAACUCAUGAAGGGCACCCAAGGAGUUGGGAUUGUUGCAAAGUAGGUCUAGGCAUUGUGGAGUCUUUGGAAGACUGUUCUAGGUUUUCUGGGAAAAUUCUGCAGUCACCAGAGAGCAAGAGGGUUAGUCUGAGUCCUCAAGUGAUGAUCAAAGCCCCAAAUUGUCAAAUCCAUAGGGAUUUUCUUGAGGGAUCCAAGUCUUUGCCCAAAGAUUUUUGUAAGGCUCCUUAUGCCCCUAAAAAUGGAUCUGUUACCCACAAGGGUGAAUCUGAGUCCACUGUUCUUUUUGAGAUUGGAGAAAGUGGGCUUGAGCAUGAACUGUUUGGGAGAACCAGAACCAGGUCUUGUUCAUUGGACUCUUGCAGUCCACUGAAAGAGCUUUCUGGCUUAAACACUUCCUUCUCUGAUUCAGACACUGAAAAUUUUGCUGUGAAAGAUGUCAACAUUCAAUUGUGCUCUCCUCCUCAUUUUAUUGGGGGAAGCCAGUGCUCAAAUACCUUCCCCCCACCUACAAAGUUGAACACAAACCCUCUUUCCAUUAGCUCUUCCAAUGAAUUUAUCAACUCUCUGUCUGCUACUGAGAUUGAACUCUCUGAGGACUACACAUGUGUGAUUUCCUACGGCCCUAAUCCCAAAACAACUCACAUUUUUGGGGAUUGCAUUCUGGAGACUCAUUCCAAUGCAUUCAAAAUCCAUGAAGAGAAGAAGGUAGUGAACACUGUUGCUAACAGGUCAGGGACUCCAAACCCAUAUCCCUCAAGCGACUUCUUGAGUUUCUGCCACCAUUGCAACAAGAAACUAGAAGAGGGGAAGGACAUUUAUAUUUAUGGGGGUGAAAAGGCAUUCUGCAGUUUAACUUGUCGUGCCAUGGAGAUCAUGAUUGAUGAGGAACUAGAGAAAUCCAACACCGACCCUCCUUGUGAAAACUCUGCAAAGCCAAAACUUGGUGAGCUACUUUUUGAAACAGGCAUUCUCACAGCUUCAUAGAAGAAUUAUCUGCCACAUGCACCAUUUGCUCCAUGAGAAUGACACAGGCACCUGAUCAUCUGUUCAG